CCUUGUUUCAUUUCAUCCAGUUCGUUCACAUACCAGUUCGUGCUUGGAAAUUUAGCUGUUUGUGACGCAAAAUCUGCCAAGAUCGUUGCAGGCCGGUAGCCAGGAUUUUGCUAAGGAGGAUGCACUAUAGAUGUAAAUCGAUAUACCGGUUUUCUUGUAUUUUGUCUUUUGGUUGUACCGGUUCUGAUUCCAAUAUAGUGAAGUCUGUGCGACAGCGACUGGUCCAGAAAACCAACAGGACGCAAAAGGAUCUUCGCACCGUUUUGCAUCAAUGAAGCGCGAAAAAAUAAUGUCUUUUGAAAAGAGAUGGAAGCUCGAACCUUGUCUCGUCAAUGAUUUCUUUAGAAUUUCAUAGCAGUUUCAAAGCAGUUAAAUGGCACAUGUGAUAAUUGAGAAUUUUGAAAUUUUUAGCUAACAAAAUUAGAUAAUAGUAUCUGUUGUUUUUACGUUCUAACAUUCAAGGAGAAAAAAUUACAAAAAAUUAAAAACAGUAUUUAAUUUGAUGCUAUGAAUUCUCUGAUCGUUAGGGAAUUUUUCGUUGUGCACAUAUCUGUCAAAACUUUUAGAACAUUUACACCCCCCUAAUCCUAGACCCUUCGCGCGGCCACUGGGGUACUCUGAGUAGCACGAACUAUCUGAGGCUCAGCGAGAUGUAAUAAAUCAAUAAUAGUCGCAUUCCAAAACUCAUCUGUCAUAGUUUCCAAAGGAUUUUGUCUAUCUUAAAUAUUCGUUCCCUUGUCAAUGCUUGUGUCACUAAAAGGCUGUGAUUGCUAUUUUUAAUUACUUUUACUUUGAAUACUUUUAGAAAUAAUCAAACAUUUCAACAUUUCUAGAGAAUAACGACUAUUUGAAGUAAGUCUGUUUUUGAUUUUUUUUCUUCUCGCUUAGUAUCUUUAAAUGUUCUAGAAUGUUGAUGUAUUAUGUUACAGGACACGAAUAAAUUUUUUUCUGUCCGUGGCCGACCGACCGACUUGUUCACGAAGCAUCAUAUGAUAUAUAUAUGCAGACGAUAUAAAUAAGCUUUAGGCGCUUGUUCACAAUAAUUACAUUCUAUACUGUAAGUGUGUGAAAGUGAGAAUAAGGGCAUGAUUAUUGUUUUUUUUAAAAAGCCCUAUUGUUUAGCUGGUAAUCUUGUCGUUUUAGUUCUUGCAGAAUAUACUUGUUUUUUCUGUAUGCUAAAUCUUAGCGGUGAUCAUUGUUUAAAAAUACUUUUUCCCUCUUAGUAUCUGAAGAAGGACUUUGUGGGUGAAAGCAUGGCUAUAACCAGUUAAGGAACCUUGUAUAUUGGUUGUAUAUCAGUAAUUGAUUUCUUAAGUUGUUAUGAUCCUUAUCGAUGUUUGUCUCUUUACGUUUCUAGAUCAACUACUAUUUUGUAUUUUUUUAGAAAAAUAAAUGAAUUGCUCCCUGACAUAUUUCCUUCAUUGCCGGGAACAAAAAGUGGGCAAGCAGUUUUAUUAGGGAAUGAUCCAAAAGGUAAUACAUUUCUGUAUACAAAUGGCAAUAGUGUUUUUAUUCGUAAUAUAGAUGACCCGUCCAUUUGUGAUGUAUAUACCGAACAUUCAACAACUGUGUUAUGUGCAAAAUAUGCUCCUUCGGGCUAUCAUAUUGCAUCAGCUGAUCAACAUGGUAUGAUUCGUAUAUGGAAUGCAAAAAAUAGAGAACAUUUAUCAAAAAAUGUAAUUAAGCCAACUGACGAUUGUAUUAAAGAUUUAGCGUGGACUCCAGAUAAUCAAAAAAUUUUAAUUGGCGUCAAUGGAAAAGAAAAGUUUGGACAGGCAUUCACAGCUGACACUGGAAAUAUUAUUGGAGAAAUAGUCGGAAUGAGAAAAGCAAUCAAUUCUGUCGACUUUAAGCCAACUCGACCGUUUAGAGCUAUAACUGGUAGUGAAGAUAAUUCUGUAUCAUUCUUUGAUGUGCCAUCAACCCAGUUGAAAACAACACUGUUGAAUCAUGAAAAAUCUGUUUAUGGUGUACAAUAUUGUCCUGAUGGUGAAAAGUUUGCUUCCAGCUCAGCUGACGGACGAGUUUUUCUCUAUGAUGGUAAAAGUGGUGAAAAAAAAUCCGAACUUGGUUUACCAGCUCAUACAGGGAAUAUAUAUGGUUUAUGUGGGGAUCCAACUAGUCAAUAUAUAUUAACAACAUCCGAUGAUAAUACGGCUAAAAUAUGGGAUGUUAAGAACAGAAAUAUUAUCAGAAAUUUUGCUAUGGGUUGUGAUUUGAAAGAUCAACAAGUUGGUUGUUUAUGGCAAGGAAAUCAUAUAAUUACGAUUUCAUUAUCUGGCUAUAUUAAUUAUCUUGAUAAAAAUACUCUUAAUGCACCAAUUCGUGUUAUAAAAGGUCAUAAUAGAAGUAUAACAGCAAUGACAGUUUUACGGAAUAGUCAGGAUGUGCGGAUUUUCAGUGCUAGUUGUGAUGGUAUUGUUAGUAUCCUUUUUCCUUUACUUCGUCUUUUAUCGGAUAAAAAUGAACAAAAGGGAUCUUCGGCUCACCUUUUAAAAAAGGAUGAAGCUGAAACUCUAAAAUACACUGUCUAA